ACUAACCGCUUCUUCUUCCUUCUUCUUCUUCUUCUUCAUUACCCCAAAAUCCAAACCGUAACAGAACCACCGUCACUACCACCAUAACUGCCGCCGCGCUCUCUCUCCGAGCCCACUCACCUCACCCGUCGCGACUCCAAUUCACCUUCUUCAAUCAACCGCCGAUCAUUUCACCACCGCCGCGCCUCGGCCGCUGCCGCCGCACAACCGCGUCGCCGAGCUUGGUUUCCAAUCAGCAGGGAUCCAACAAGUGUUUCACAUCCUGAGAAUCAUUUUCUCCAUUCUUGUGAGAUGAGAAAGCUGUAAGAAACAGUUCUCAUUCUGUUUUAGUUCAGUCUGGGGGAAGAACUGCUAUGAUGUUGACGAUUACAGUUACAAAACCUGGACUGGUGAGAUUUUCCCAUGACAGAACAAGGUGUUCUCAAAAGUUUGACAGGGCUACUUGUGUUUGGUCCAUGAAGAUGGAAUCAAAGAAUUCACAUAACAGGAUGAUUGAAGAAUUGUCAGUAGAGCUUCCAAAACAACCUAGUCUUCCUCAUCUUGAUUUGUCUAGGGAUCGUCCUCUUCAAUUUAACCGGGGGCAACCUUCAAAUAAAGAUUUAGAUCCUGAUGAUAUGUUUGAAUUUGGUGGAUAUAUUGCACGACAAGCCAUGUGUGAUGAAGAAUACUGGACAUCAGCAUAUGUACGUGCAGCAACUCGCUGGGAGGAUCGCAAUAAUGACAAAUAUGUUCAGAGCCACAUAAAGAAAUACACAGAGCAGGAAUUUAAUGAAAUCAAAAGGCGAAGCAAUAUCCAGUUUGGCUAUAAAUGCAGAUGCAUUGUUACGAUGACGAAGGAUUCAAAGGAUGUGAAACGCAAUGUUCUACAAAGCAUGGUUGGGACAGUUGAUUUGAGGACCCGAUACAUGAUGGAUGGAGAGACCUUUCCAGAGCAACUUGUAAAACAUUCCGAGUUCAAAGACUUCAAGAUGACACGUGAAAAUAGAUAUGGUUAUAUUGCAAACUUGUGUGUUAUCAAACCUGCACGUUGCCAGGGUGUUGGAAGUAAUAUGCUGCAAUUUGCUAUUAAGCAAGCAAAGUUGGAUGAAUUAGAACGGGUAUAUAUGCAUGUUGAUAGAAAGAAUAAAAAGGCACAGGGCCUUUACAACAAGAUGGGAUUUCAGAUUGUUGAAAGCGCGAGCGCUCAGUUGGAAAAAGAUCAACUUUAUUUGCUAUAUCUGAAGAUCUAGAAGCAGAUUCAACACAUUUUUGAAUUGAUUUGCUCUCUCCUUGGAAUCAAACACAUACCAUAGAAUACGCAAGUCUACAUGUAACAUGAAGUUAGGUAAAAUUCUACUUCCUGUCCUGUACAGAAAUUGUGUAGCUCCUGAGCUCCUCACUUGUUCAAAGAUAGAUAACCCCGGAAAUGAUUUUGUAUAGAAUAUACUCGUCUGCCCAACCAAACUUUUGUGAAAUGAAACCAUGUUAACCUCAGUC